AUGUGCUUCAUUGAAAACCCAGCUCCAGUUUACUUCGCUAAGUGCAAGUAUAAUGUCAAUAUCCCUGAAGAGCCGACUCCUCGGAUGUGUCCCCAAGCGCAACGGCGCUCACCCCCAUCAUGGUGUCCUGAUCCUCCUAAGCAAACCUCUAAGACAUCAAGCACAAACCGUGCACACCUUUGUCCCAACACCUUUCAUCCCGUUAUGCUUCCAGAUUACCUCCUUAUUACCCUCAAGAACGUUGCAGAGCUCGAGAAUCCCCAGGCUCAAUAUUCUCAAAUGACAGGAGACUCUUACGUUGCUCAGUCCCAAGUGGAACAAGUAGAGCGCGUGAAUAUGUCCGAACCAACUGACAAUACUCGACCUUCUCUACUGCUUCAAGAUCCUUACGUUGGUCUCCCAGUAAUCGGGAUAGGCAUGACUGGGAUGAUCUUUCAGAUGGGGCAAGACCGUGCUGUUAAGACAGCCAAGCAAUAUCAGCCCGUGGGCUCCAGAGACCGCGGGAAUAUGGAAUAUAUAAACGAAGUGAACCAGCAAAUUCUAGAGAAUGAGAUCCGGGUCUUUGAACGCCUGGGCAGCUACAAAGGGAUUGUUCCUUGCUUCCGAACAUCUCAAUAUGGAAUUGAGCUAGCUCUUGCACAAGGGGAUCUCGAGUCCUAUCUAGAAACCCACCCAGAGCCUGAUGACGCAUUGAAAAUUACCUGGAUAUUGAGUCUUAUUGAGACUUUCUCCUAUGUUCAUUCUCGCAAAGUGUUUGUAGACGAUAUUGCUCUUAGGAAUAUCUUGAUUCUGGAUGAGCAGCUCAAAUUGUCAGAUUUCGGACAGUCUAUGCUACUACCGCUUGAUAUCGAUGUUACGUCCGUGAAGGAAAACGACUUGGAUGUUCGUAUUGAAAUACUGCAUUUAGGUUGGAUUCUCUACUCUAUUUCGUCCUGGCAUGUCCAUAAGUACUAUUUCUUCAGUCCUGAGAACCCUGACCUCCGCUGGCCUGAAUCAGACACCUUCCCGAAUGUUGAUGAUGUUCUAUGUGGAAGGAUAAUCAACAAGUGUUGGCGUGGCGAAUAUCCAAGUACGGAUGAGUUGAAAGAUGAGGCCGAUCAGCUUUUGACUGGCAAAUAA